AUGUUUCUUGCGCUACAAUCCAAGCAAAACCAAGGAGAAAAAGAUGGUGAAAACAGUGAACUUUCGUUGGAACCAUUGCUUUCAUUUGAGGCCAACACAGAAAAUUCCAUAACCGAUGACAUUAUUUCUUCCUCUGCUUCUGAAACUACUGAAAAACAGCCUAAGUUCCAUAAUUUUAUACCUAUUCCAGUGAUCGAUCGACUCCAAUCCAGUUUGGUAAACAAGUUUGUCCCCAAAACCCAUCAUGACUCUGAGGAGGUUUCAACGGAAUUGAAGCUUGGUUUAUAUGACCCUUGGGUUAUGAAGAAGAAGAUUACGGCAAGUGAUAUUGACGGCAUUAAGGAUGGGGUAGCAGUUGCUGUUUGGGAUUUUGAUACCAAGACCGAACAUCAAUUGCGCUUCAAACAGUGGUCAAGUAAUGGGAGUUAUGUCUUCAAUGGAAUGUGGAAUCGAGAUUUUGUGAGUAGGAGGCAACUGAAAGUUGGUGAUGAGGUUGGACUUUUUUGGGAUCAAAGCAAUUCAAGAUUCAAUUUCAGCAUUCUCAACCGGGCUGCGAGCAAUUAA